AUGAAGUUGACUUUUUCCACAGAUCGAAUUCCCCAUGCCUCUAUCUCAAAUGAGGACGGACAUGUCCUCUACCAUGUUAUUACCCCUGGCGACCCCAAGCGGCCAGACACUUCGAGGAUAUACAGGGCGCGGGCGCCGAGAUCGCCAGCAUCCCAGAGCCCCCUGGUGGACAGAGAAUCUCAGACGAGCACCAGAACAUCUCUAUCGAGCUUGAAAGAGAGCCCUGUCUCCCCCCAGACUGGCCUGCCUGGGCGGAAGGUGCCAACGGAGCACGAGCUCUUCGGGAUGGGCUUCGAGGCCAUGGCCGAGAUCGAGUGGCACUUCAUACGGCCGUGCCAGUUUGCUUGGCUGGGAGGACCGGUCGCUGGCGCACUCGACAGUGGUAAAUGUGACUCGCCGACGUUCAUCCCUAGCUGCGACUUUUGGAAGAGAGAGCGAACGUUCCCCGCGCCUGAUGGAAAUAUGUACCGCUGGAAAACGGGAUCGUCGUCAGUUCUAUACCGCGAUGAUGACAGAAGCGGCACACCCCGCCCCGUUGCAGAGUACCACUCGAAGCGCGACUCGCAACGCGGAUACCUCGAGAUCGACCUUCCACCUUCGUAUGAUCCUGAACUUGAAGCGGGGUCAGAUCCAACAGACUUGCGAUCCUCAACACCGACUGACAAUGGCGACGCUGAGGCGACCGCUCCGAGCUCCAUCGAGACGAAGGUCAAUGGUAUAGACGGGGCCGAUCCGGAUAAAACCAUGGUUGAUCUCAUUGUCUUCACGUUCAUCUACGUCGAGAAGCUCCGCCGCAAUCGAGAUUUCACCAAGUCCGACGGCGACGAGUAGUUCUGGUUUCUGCGUAGGCAAUGGACCGUCCGUGAAUUUUUAUCUGCUAUAUACCCUUUUCCAUCAUUUCACUAUUGUCGAUGUUGUUUCUCUGGGCAUCGUCGUCGCCUUUUAUGCGAGCUUCAACCUACCUUGGAAGUGUACACUUUUACCUUAUUAUGCACAGUACCGCAAACCUGUCUCUCAGACUAGACAUGAAUAAUGAGAAGGCC